AUGCUUAGAGCUAAGCUGCGGAGAUUGUUCUUUCGUCAGUCAAAAAAUACCCUCGCAGAAGCACAUCCCCCUAAAAAUGCACCCGCACGAGGCGCAGAGAAGUCCACCCAGAAGACCCCGUUACUACAAUAUCAGACGGCGGCCAACGUCCGAAGCCCAAACCCGAAUCUCUGGCAGAGAGCAGAGGAUAACUUGAAUAGCGACCGGGAUAAGCAGCGACUCCUUCAAGCAGUAUAUGAGACGCUGGCUGAGGAGUUAGGUGAGGAGCUGCAACCGAUUGGCACUGCCGGCCGUCAGGUCCAGUUAGACAGGCUGUUUCAGAAACGAGUGAACGCGUUGGAGAAGCAGAAAUGGAAGAUACAAUUCGGUGAUCAAUCGGUGGUGGUCCAGGACUUGGUGAAUGGUCUCUUCGAAAAGGUGUUGGUGGUAAAGGGACUUGUUGAUACGGCUGCCAGCGCAAGCCCCCCAGCAGCACUGGCAUGUGCUGGGCUGUCGGUCGUAUUCAUGUUCGCUUUGCAAGCAACCAGUCAACAGGCAGUUCUUCUUCAAACAUUAGACUAUACCUCGAGUUUGAUGUGUCGCUUCCAGGUGAUGGAAGAUGUUUACCGCUCCGGCAAGAAUGCCUCGGAUUCUCCACGAGGGCACGAAGCCGAUCUGCUGAAGAAGUUUGAAGACCAUUUGACCGACCUAUACGCUGCUAUCCUCGAGUUCCAAGCCCGUGCAAUGCAUUACCUGGGAAAACGCAGUAUAGUACGGCUGCUCGGCGACGCUUUCGAACACGAAGGAUGGGAUGAUGUGUUGCAAAACAUCAAGUCUCUCGAAGUCAAUGCGGAGAAGGACGCUCAGAUAAUCGGGGCUGCCGAUGUGGAACAGCGACUCAGGGCAAUCCAAAGCACGCAACAGCACGAAGCCACGCGUCAGAUCUUAAUUGAUCGUGACAAAAAGGCCAUGAAACUCCUGCGUGCUCUGUAUACCUGUCCAUACAAAGACCGAAAAGACCGAAACGAUGACCGAGUGCCCGGCACAUGCGAAUGGUUCACACAGCAUUCCCUGUUCAAGCAGUGGCAUCAGGCCGAGGGUUCUAGUCUGCUCUGGGUGUCGGCCGAUCCAGGCUGCGGCAAAUCUGUGUUGGCCAGGUACCUCGUGGAUGACUUUCUCCCCGCCAGGAAGGAAGCCACAAUUUGCUACUUCUUCUUCAAGGAUGAUUUCUCGGAUCAGAACACUGCGGUCAGUGCGGUCAGUGCAAUUUUGCGUCAGAUCUUCUUGUCCAACCCACAGCUGCUGCGGGAACCCAUACUGGCCAAGUUCGGCACGGACGGCGAUAGGUUGACCAAGUCCCUCAAUGAUCUCUGGUCUAUAUUUACCAGUGUGGUGGCGGACCCGAGUUUCGGUGGGAUGAUUUGCAUCUUGGACGCCCUCGAUGAAUGCGAGAAGGUGAGCCGCGGCCGUUUGAUAGAAGGCGUUGUCCGUUCUUCCCGGGGAGGCUUGGGAACUGGCAAUGUGAAGUUCCUCGUCACCAGCAGGCCAUAUCUCGAUAUCUACCGAGAGUUUCAAGGUGCUCAAGGGGACCUGUCAAUGAUUCAUCUCAGCGGUGACGGCGAGGAGGAGAUAGAUCAAAUAUCGAAGGAGAUCAAUCUUGUCACUCAGAAACGGGUCGAGGACAUUGCUCGCGAACGUGGUCUCACCUCCGAGCAAUGCCAGAUGUUACUCGACGAGCUCAUGCCAGUGGUCGACCGUACUUAUCUCUGGGUCACCCUGACCAUGGAUGUCAUCCGAACUACUCCCGGCUUUACCAAGGGGAAUAUCCGGGCAGCAAUCAGUCAACUUCCUUCCACGGUUGACGACGCCUACGAGAAAAUCCUACGUCGAAGCCCGGCGCCUGAGCGAGCGAAAACAGUCUUGCAUACUAUUCUUGCCGCAGAGCGACCGCUAUCCGUGAGCGAAAUGAGCCUGGUGGUCGCCUGCGACCAGGCCUUCAAAGAAUCUGUGGAUAUUGAAGACUAUCUAGAGUUGCCGGAUGAGUUCAAAAAGACACUCCGACAAAUAUGUGGUCUGUUUGUGGUUGUGAUUCACUCCCAAGUGUACUUGCUCCAUCAAACAGCCAGGGAGUUCUUGGUGCGA